GAUAACCAGCCGAACAUGCACAGCCCCAACGUAUGGACGCCUAGUACGGCAAUGCCCGACCAGAUGGUACAUGUUUGUGGCGCUGGUGGAGAUCAUCCGACGGAACAUUCGCCUAAUAACCCCAUUCCGUUCUUUGCGCGCUAUGUGGAAUUGUGUUAUCGCUUAUUCAAUCGUUCAUACGGAGGUUUAUCAGCACAGGUGCCUUGGCGCGAGUUAGCCGGUCAUGACCCCAGGCUAUCCAGACUAUAAAGGUCCCAUGUGGACCUAAACAUUGCACUUAUUCCUCCCAACCUUUUGCAUAAUAACUCCUCCCCUCAGCUUUUCCCAUCCCGAUGUUGUUGACUACCUCCAGCGCCCUCAUCCCUUCCGAUGACUAUUCCUCUAUCGAAGGCAAUAUCACCCCCGCGCAGAAGAAACGCUGCGCCGAGAUUUUUGCGCACUUCAUAGGCCAGCCUGAAACAUCAUUCGGCGCAGCUAUUGGCUGUAACCUCAGACUAGCGGUGGUCAAUGUAUACGGACUCACAGAUUCCACCGGGCGAAAAGAAGCUGAAACGGUAUGCGAAAUUGAAGUUACGAGAGAUAUGUGUAAUGUCUAUGGAACAUUGCACGGCGGAUGUGCCGCGUACUUGAUUGACCCAUGUUCCGUCUCUGCCCUCGUCGCCCUGGGAGUUGCCACCGGCACAGAUGGUACUGGUGUAUCACAAUCAAUGAACUUGAUCUGGUAUCGUCCAGCAGUGCAAGGAACACAACUGCGCAUUGUAUCGAACACAAUAUCAAUGAAUGGCCGCCUGCGCUCGUCUCGUACCGAAAUCCAAGACAGACAUAGCGGCGUCGUGUACGUUUCGGCGGUCCACACCACUACGGCGUUGAAUUCAAAGCCACCGAAUACUAGUAAAGGAAAGCUAUAAACACGAUCUUCCUAUUACUUACUCUGGACCGAGAAUACUCUAUUGCCAACGCCCAUCAGCUGUACUUAUAGAUUUAUGUAUAUUUAGUUCCCCUGUAAUCAUGACGCACGUAACUUAUUGACUGCCGUAAAUCAAAUGCCAUUCGCUAGU